AUGGACCUAAAUGCAUCGCCCUUGCCCGAAGAAGACGAGGAUCCCUUUAAGAGACGUCGUGAAGACCAUAUAGAGUCUGCUGUUGAGAUCGCAAGACGGGAGCGUGAAGAGAGAAAGAAAAGAAUAAGACUAGACAGGCCAAGCCAACACUCUCGGCCAGCUUACCGUGAUCAGUCUUAUCCUAACAACAGAGAUACUAAUACUCGAGUUUAUGAUAAAACCAAGAUCCCUCAAGGUUGGCUAGAUUGUCCUGGUUUUGGUCUGGAGAUAGGAUGCAUUAUCCCUUCAAAGGUUCCACUCAGUGAAUCUUACAACGAACAUGUUCCUCCAGGCAAAAGAUACUCUUUUAAACAGGUUGUUCGUAACCAGAGGAUUAAUAAUAGAAAACUUGGUCUGGUGAUUGAUCUGACUAAUACAACUCGUUAUUAUCAUACACUGGACUUAAAGAAGGAUGGCAUCAAGCAUGUUAAGAUCGCAUGCAAGGGUCGUGAUUCCGUGCCUGAUAAUGUGUCUGUCAACACCUUUGUCAACGAGGUGGUCCACUUCGUCCUUAAUCAAAAGCACACAAAGAAGUAUAUCCUCGUCCACUGUACGCAUGGACAUAAUCGGACAGGGUUCAUGAUAGUUCACUAUCUUAUGCGCUCUAAUCCGACGAUGAACGUUACACAGGCGUUGAAGAUGUUUUAUGAUGCCCGCCCACCUGGGAUUUACAAACCAGAUUAUAUUGAUGCUCUGUACACUUUUUAUCACGAAAUAAAGCCUGAGAGUGUUACUUGUCCACCAACUCCUGAGUGGAAGAGGUCUACCGAGCUUGAUCUUAAUGGUGAAGUUGUUCAAGAUGAUGAUGAUGAUGGUGAUGAUGCUCCGGCUGUCCCUGUUCAAGAAAACGUUCAGGAGAAUGUGACGAUGUCAAAUGAUGACGUUUUGGGUGAUGAAAUACCCUAUUAUCAGGAGGAAGCUUACCGGCAGUUCUGUUAUAAGAUGCUUCUGAUGAGUGUUGGGGGAAGAGGAUGUAUGCAAUUCCCAGGUUCACACCCUGUAUCCUUAGACAGGGAGAGUUUGCAACUGUUGAGGCAGAGGUACUAUUAUGCGACAUGGAAGGCGGAUGGAACACGAUAUAUGAUGCUCUUAACUGUAGAUGGGUGCUAUUUGAUAGAUAGGAGCUUUAAGUUUCGAAGGGUACAAAUGCGUUUCCCAUGUAGGCCAUCAAGCGAUGGAAUAUCUAAAGUGCAUCAUUACACUUUGCUCGAUGGAGAAAUGGUUAUAGAUAAUGCAAUGAAUGAAAACGGGCAGGCGAGGAGGAGGUACCUCAUAUAUGAUAUGGUAGCGAUCAAUGGUGAAUCAGUCGUGGAGCGGACUUUCAGUGAAAGAUGGAACAUGCUCGUGCAUGAGGUGGUCCAAGGCCGUGAGGCUGAUAAGAGAAAAAACCAUUUGUACAAAUACGACCUCGAGCCUUUUGGAGUACGGACAAAGGGUUUUUGGUUACUCUCAACUGUUGAGAAGCUUUUGAAGAAUACUAUUCCGUCGCUUUCUCAUGAAUCGGAUGGCCUUAUAUUUCAGGGUUGGGACGAUCCAUACGUUCCACGAACGCAUAAAGGUCUACUGAAGUGGAAGUAUGCGGAGAUGAAUUCAGUAGACUUUCUGUAUGAGAUGGGUGAGGAAGAAGGGCGAGGAAUGCUCUUCCUGCAUGAAAGAGGGAAGAAGAAGCUUAUGGAAGGAUAUUCCGUUGAGUUUAGAGAUGAUCCCGACCGGUCAAGUUACAAUGGGAAGAUUGUUGAGUGUUCGUGGGAUAAGGAGAAGAAAGUUUGGGUUAGCAUGCGUAUCAGAGUUGACAAAACCACUCCAAAUGAUAUCAACACCGCUCGUAAGGUGAUAAAGAGCAUAGAUGAUAACAUCACUGAGGAAGUGUUGCUUGGGGAGAUCAGAGAGAUCAUUCGUCUACCAAUGUAUGCAGACCGCAUUCGAAGUGAUAGUCAACUCGCACGCCGCAGGUAG